AUGAAUCUGAAGGUCAAUGAUUCAAUAAUCAGCAACAAGUUGGAUAUCGCAGAGACAAUGGCUGAUUAUUUCUCAACCAUUGCAGAUAACAUUGGUCCUACCAGCGAUAUUUCAGAUUCUGACCUGUCAAAUCACCGAAGUAUUCAAGCUAUCGUAAACCAACGCAUAUCUAAGGGUGAUUUCAAACCAUUUCAAUUCAAAGAUAUAACAGUGCCGGAGGUUCAGAAAAUCUUGAAAGACACAAAUCCCAGGAAAGCCUCGGGAUGGGAUGAUAUUCCACCCAUGGCUUUUAAGAUAGGCUCUUCGGAGCUUGCUACACCGUUAUGCGCUCUAUAUAAUCAAUGUAUCGCCAGCUGUCAUUGGCCAAGGAACUGGAAGAAAAGCGAGUGGGUGCCUGUUUAUAAAAAGGACGAUCGUUUGAACAUGGAAAAUUACCGUCCUGUAAGUAUAGCGAUCAUGGUAAAUAAGACCUUUGAAAAACUUCUUACAAAUCAGAUUACAGCAGAAUUUAAUGAACGUUUGAGCGAUAGCCUGACAGCAUACAGGAAGAGAUACAGUUGUGAAACGGCACUACUAGCAUUGACGGAAGACUGGAAAAAUGCUCUGGAUAAUCGAAUGAGCGUUGGCCUGUUAAGUACUGACAUGAGUAAAGCGUUUGAUUGUCUUCAUCAUUCUCUAUUACUUGCUAAACUGGAGGCAUAUGGCUUUAAAAACGAGAGCAUCAAGCUAAUGAAAUCAUAUUUUAUGGAUCGCUAUAAUAGGCUAAGAAUUGGUGGAAUUGCAAGCUCCUGGAAAAGGGUCAAGAAAGGAUGCCCUCAAGGGUCCUCGUUUGGACCUCUUUUAUGGAAUCUUUUCCAAAAUGACUUGACGUUCGGAUUUCCUUCAAAAAUUGGGAUGUAUGCUGAUGACCAUCAGUUCUACGAAAUCAACAAGGAUAUCAAUACUAUACAAACAAAACUACAGGAUACUGCACAAAGAGCCACAAAUUGGUACGAUACGAACUUUCUCAAAGGGAACUUUGAUAAAUUUGGAUCAAUGAUAUUGAAAGGAGAGAAAAUUAUAACGGUGAACACAACCAUGACAUUCUUAUCCGAAAACAGUACACAGAUAACCAUCCGUGCAGCUUCGAGUAAUUCCGACCAAGCUUGUGAAAUAACAGCGGACUCCGCUGUAGAGAUUACAGCUAAAGCUCUGGCUUAUAUUUUUAUUUUCAUGGUUUCGUUUUUCGGAAAUAUCUUUCUUCUUGUGGUCAUUUACAAGAACAAGCAGCUACGAAGAUCCAUCAACUACUUCGUUUUCAACAUGGCUGUAUCUGACCUCUUCAACCCUUUGACCGUCAUGACUGUGAAGAUCGUUGAGAUCAUUUCAGGCUCGGAAUCCUGGAAAGUUGAUCGUCCGUGGCUGCUUGGAAACAUUUUAUGCAAACUUGCCUACUUUCUGCCAGAUGUUUCCCUUUUGGUUUCCAUCGGAAGCCUUCUUUUGAUCUCGAUAGACAAGCUCUUCGCUGUCGUCUCUCCACUGAAGGCCAAACUUAUCUCCUCAAAAGUACGAUUGAUCAGCAUACUAAUCACGUGGUGUGUCGCCAUCGUCUUCCACGCACCUUAUUUUUACAGUUUCAAACUGAUCCUCUACGAAAAUAAAACGUAUUGUAUUUUAAAUUGGGGACCAGCACUCGACCACCUGAAAACACACAAGGGAUUUGUUACGGCAUCGUUUAUAACUUUUACCCUCAUUCCUGUAAUUAUCCUGGUUAUUGUGUAUAGCAUUAUCAUAUGGACAAUAAGAAAAAAGAACAAGAAAAGUAAAGAGCGAUUGUCUUGUCGCCAAAACCAUCGAGAUCAGCAGCUGAGGAAAAUUGUCCAAAUGACGAUGGCCAUCAUGAUUUCCUUUGUUUCCUGCAUGACUCCACUGCUUAUCUAUUUAUUUCUUCAUAUUUUUGUAUGGAAUUGGGAAUCGCCACCCGUUUGUGCAUUUCAAACAAUCAUCCCAUUUAUUUCUGCCUUUCUGCUGCAUUCAUGGAGUGCAGUUAAUCCCUGCAUUUGUUUUAUCUUUAGCAAGAACUAUCGCAACGGCCUUAAGCAAUGUUUUCAUUGUGACAGUCUCAGUCGAAGGUUAUCAAGUAUGCAAGAGCACUAUCGAAUGCGAACGAUGACGAGCUCCUAUGGAGACAGCUCUCUUCAGAUUCAUUCAAGUAGCGUACACAUUAUCUCGUACAGCAGAAACACAUGAGCUCGCUAUAUAUUUAGAUCCUAAAUCAGAGAAGCAGCAGUAGAAUCAUUGGGUAUGCACCUCGAACCUUUAAGUUGGGUUCAGAGAUGGUUUGCAACGUUAUGUGAAAACUGAUAGUCUUUCGAUUUCAUGGAAAACAUCAAGGACCGC